AUGCACCACUACUGCUUCUUCUUCGCUUCCACUUCCACUGCUGGUGGUUAUUAUGAUCACGAUUACCGCAACGAUGCAGCAGCUCUGCUCCAACUCAAAGCCCACUUCGCCAACACUUCUUCUUCCACUUCUAAUCAUCGUCUCUUCCGUAACUGGACCGCUGCCACUGCAGCCGACGUCUGCAGCAACUGGGUCGGCGUCUCAUGCGGUCGUCGCCACAGAAGAGUGACCUCCCUGAAUCUGGCAAACAUGGGGAUACAGGGGACUCUGCCUCCCCACCUUCAAAACCUCUCCUUCUUGGUUUCUCUCGAUCUCAGCGGCAAUCUCUUCCAUGGGGAUUUGCCGAUAUGGUUAUCUAAGUUGAGAAGAUUGAAGAUCAUCAACCUUUCUGAUAACCAAUUUGGAGGUAACAUCCCACCGUCGCUUGGGGAUCUUGGUGGUUUAAGGGUGCUGGAUUUGGAGGGAAACCGGCUUUCAGGUGGGAUACCAACCACAAUCUUCAACGUUUCUUCAUUGGAGAGAUUGAUAUUGGCAAACAAUAGCUUAUCUGGAAGCCUUCCUGAUGAUAUCUGCAAUCAAUUUACGAGAAUUGAGGUGCUAAAUGUUUCUAUAAAUUACCUGGAAGGUCGAAUUCCAUCUGGGUUGGGGAAUUGUGGUGCAUCUCUUAAGAACUUAUCGUUUGCCUAUAAUGGGUUCACUGGAUCGAUUCCGAAGAGCAUCGGGAAUUUGACUGCGCUCGAAGCUCUAUCUCUCUCGUUCACUAACUUAACAGGUGAAAUACCGUACGAGAUCGGUAACCUUCGGAGGUUAGAGAUACUUAAGCAUGCUCAGAGAGUUAUAUUUAGGCAAUAA